AUGGAACGUUUUGGCGAUGGAAUGAAAGGAUCUCUCAAGGAUGAUAAGGAGAAAUGGGGUAAGCCAGAGAUGUGGAUGAAGAAAGAAGAGGAACCUGUGAUCGAGAAGGAAAAAGUGAUAAUGGCUACUAGUGGUAAGCUUGCUGAAGACACAAACACAUUCCGAGGUGUUGUCGUGAAGUAUAAUGAACCCCCCGAGGCGAAAAUGCCCACCCUUAGAUGGCGAUUGUAUCCUUUCAAAGGAGAGGAGUCAUUGCCUGCCUUAUAUGUUCAUCGUCAGUCAGCGUACCUGAUAGGCCGCGACAGAAAAGUAGCUGAUAUUCCAGUAGAUCAUCCUAGCUGUAGUAAGCAGCACGCUGCUCUCCAAUAUCGGUCCAUGCCUUUCGAACGAGCUGAUGGAUCAAGAGGACGUAAAACUCUGCCUUACCUUAUCGACUUGGGCAGUGCCAAUGGAACCUUCAUUAACGGAGACAAGAUUGACGCUCAAAGGUAUCACGAGCUAAGAGAGAGAGACGUGAUCAAGUUCGGAUUUUCCUCGAGAGAGUUUGUUGUUCUGAAUGAAACUUCUACAGAAGGUGAUGAUGAAUCUCCUCCGUCAUAA